CCCCCCAAUCCGGGUGUGGGAAGCCAAAGUUUCCGUUUGGGGAGAUUAGACCACCACAUGUUCCUUCCACCUGGCCAAAAUACAUGAACCUCAGUACGUGCCCGGCGCCUCCAAUGUCGGUGGCCGAUCAAUCUCUGCACCUUCUUGCUUCUUCGUCCUGCUCGGCCAAAACAUCUCGGUCGUCUCUCCAACACCAGUAACACAUCAUUUUACGCUGCUGGGGCUCUUCUUUCUUCUUCUUCUCUCUCUCUCUCUCUGUUGCAGCAUGUUUUGAUUUGACUCGAUAGACGCCACCUCCUGCUGGUUCGCUGUGUUGGACUCCUCCCCUCCAACCGGCUUGUUGGAAGACAGUUUUGAAUCUUUGUUUCUUGGACCUCAACCUUGCAUAAUGUCACUCACGGAUAUCCAUACUAUAUCGUUCUCUUCGCUACUCCCGUCUGGCACGCUCCAUGGUCUUACACAGUCUGACAGGGACAGGCUGACCGACUACGCCGAGGGAGAGACGCGCGCCGAGAGAACGAAGGAUUGGUGCGCUUUGGAUAAGAUCGAUUUCAUGGAUGCCAUUGGUGCCAUGGGCACUGUGGUGCAAGAGCAGGACUUAGAGAAGAAAGUAUUCAUCCACCAGGGGACCACUGAAGCUGGAGUUUGUCAACACCAGCCGCCGGCGUCCGAACCGAUCAAGCCGUUUCAGAAAUGGAUAAAGACGUUGCAUAAACGAGCGUUGCGUCGUCAGGAACUCUUUGGGGGCGAUGGUAAUAAUACACCAUGCUGUCUCGAUAUGGAAGGGAGAAGUUCGAUGACUUGGGAUUCGGGGCACUAUCGGCACUCGUCAGAUUCGUCAUUCAACUUUGUGUCGGCGGUCAAAAGCGCCAGUAUCUCCCUGACAAGCGUCAGUGUCUUGACGCGCUCACGGAAAAACACGAUACGAUCAUCUCGUGGCCACUCGAGGACGGACCGCAGCAGCAGAGCUUCCGUCUCGGGAGCACGGCUUUCUGAAGACAGUUUCUGUCAGGAACGACAGGUGGUGCUGGAUCCCGCCGUCAUCGAAAGGUCGCUACAACGACGUCGAAUAUUGGAGGAGUUGAUCAGCACCGAAGAGAGCUAUAUUGGGGACGUGAGGUUCCUGAUGAAUGUAUAUGUCACGAUACUAGCUUCUUUACCGACACUACCCGUCGCCAUACGUUCCUCCAUCAACCAGAACUUGACCGACAUUGUGGAGUUGCACGAGGAAAUGCUAGGAGAGCUCCAUCGAGCGGUCCCUCACUCUGAAUAUUCUCAGCUCGAUGUGCCGCUUCAAGCCCCCCAAGCUAACCAAGCUGCCCGUGGACACCAGCGUUGGAGGAGCCUUGAUGCUGUCCCGGAGGACAAAGACGGGGUAGCAUGGCUGCGAGAUGUGCCCGGGUUGCUCGCAGAGCCCCAAACGGUGGCAGAAGUUGCAAAGAUCUUCAAGAACAAGGCAAGCGGCAAGCCCCAGAUGAAUCGAUUCUUUAUCUAUGAAGAGUACGGGGCAAAGUACGAACUCAUGAUUAAAGAUGUCGCAUCUGCCCAUCGGACAAUGCCAGGAUGGCAGUCGUAUCAAAAGGGAUUGGAAGUUCUCGCUGCAUCCGUGGGCUCGAUCGACGGCCAAGGCGAUCAUUCCAAGAAGAGUCUGACCAUCGGUGACCUUCUUGUCAAACCGAUUCAACGGGUAUGCAAGUACCCUUUGCUCUUCUCUGAGCUGCUCAAGCAUACGCCGGUGGUGGACUGUCCCUAUUCGCACAUGGAGAUCGAGAACACGCUUAUCAGGCUACGUGAGGCCACGGCCGAGAUCAACCGGGCCACAGACGACCCUCGUGUGCGUACGGUGCUGGAGAAAACUUGGAUUCUCCAGGACAGGCUUGCAUUUCCUAACCAGCAACUAGAUGCCACUACCAAGAACCGUAUUCGGUCUUUCGGCCACAUUCAGCUUUGCGGUGCCCUUCAUGUCUGCUGGCAGUCCAAAGAAGGGGUGAACGGGCAGUAUAUGGUGGCGCUCCUGUACAAGGAGUGGUUUUGCCUUGCGACGGCUAGUAAGAUCGACCAGGUAUACACGAUUCAGGCGUGCAUCGCAUUGUCAAACAUUAAGGUGGAAGAGGUAGAUAACGGUCGAGGACUCCAGUGUCACACGGCGCCGUAUUCUUGGAAGAUUGUCUUUUUGUGCGACAACCAACUGUACGAACUCAUCCUCACCGCCUGCACGCCGAAGGAGGAACUGGAAUGGCGUACUCGGCUCAGCAGCCGGACCUUGAGCGUCCCGGACCAGGACCUAAUGCAACCGGCCAUCUUCAGCUCGCUUUCACUGGAUAUCAAAACACUGGGGACUGUUUUUAGAAAACCAGGAACCAUUGCCAGAAGAAUAUCGAUACACCGAGCAACGACGGUGGGGCCAAGAUCUCCUUUGUGUCAAGUCAUUCUCAAAAACACGAGCGUCAUCAAGGAUGCGCCGACAGCGAGCUACAGCGCUCAAAUCAACCGAUCGCAGUCCCUGUUGGCCACAAACCACCGUAUCCCGGUGUUGGCGCCUUCCCGUGGUGAAAGGGCCCGGCUCGAGGCUCUCAUGUCGGAUGUGUGGACCCGGGACAUACUGCCCUUUCCCGGGAUAACUGCCCGAUCCAGGAGCGAGCACCUUGUUAGGUCGUCGGCCUCGUCAGUCAUGCGGAAGUUAAGCGUCGUGAGUAUCGCGAGUAGUUUUACGAAACGUUCCGCAAGCCUUGCAAGCUUGCAAAAGAAUGUUACCACCGAGGAGGAGGUGACAACGCGAAAUAACAAGGAGGGUGGUGUUGUCCAAACGGCGGCGGUGAUGGCAACAACGACAUCAGUACGUGGGAGGUCAGAAGAUGAUUGUAUGUCUUUUCUCUCGGUCAUUCCUGAUGAAGCAGAGAGAAGCAGCUCCUUUUUGCUGGCAACGGGGCCAGAACAACAGUGGGAGUCGACCGCGACGGAGGUUUUCGCAACGACGACGGCAAAGGAACGGGUCGGCGAUAUCACGGCCGAAACAACGACACGCACAUCAGUCUUUUACGGGGGAGAAAGGAACCAGUCACGGCCUUGUACACCGAUGGUGGGUGUACUGCAGCCGUCUACGAACAGCUCGCGGCGGCCGAGCUUGCAAAAGUCGCAUUUUAGCGAGGCGUCGUUGUCCCGGGAAGAUCUGAAGAAGGAGAACAGGCUUACUUCGCCUCCAGACUCGGUAGGGAAGACUUCGUCUCGGUCACAAAAGCUCGCGAGUCGUUGGGCUAAAGUUGGGGUUCUCCAUCGCGAGGCGGUGGUGGGCAUCCGAAGCUUUUUGUUUCGUUGAGGGGCGUGGGCGGAAAAGAAGGAAAUAUGAUACCAGAGAAGAAGCAAGCAUGAGGUUUUUUUUUGGUUUUUUGGUCCAUCAGGUUUUGAAAAGCAUUUGAUACCCCCUCUUUAUCGGUUGAUUCAUCACUACUACGGCGUCUGUUGAGGCAUACAUAAUAUGGUGGUUGUUGUGUUUACUUGGUGGGGUUUGCAGUUAUGAUUUAGUCACUGGCGGACACGGCAAAUGGCAGCAAACGUGUUAUCUGACUAAAAGUGAGGCGUUACAAGAGCUUUGCCAAGGGCGGACUGUUGCACAUGUGAGAUGUUUGUUGAGCCAGCUGUCAACCACGCCAUCUUGGUGCUCCGUCGGAAUGUUCC